AUGUUCUACGAGAGCCACGACAAGGUCCUGGACGAGAUCUACCAGACCAUCGCCGAGGACCUGACGGAGCUCGGCAGGCCCUACCGCAUCGACCUGAUGGAGGUGUGCUGUCCGGAGGACUCGAGCCUCAGCAAGGCCGUGCAGGACCAGGGAGGCAAAGUGUUCAGGUGCGGCCUCUUCAAUGGGAUCGACAUGGGAACGGCAACCGGGCUUCGACGCGCGCUUCACCUUCUCCGACGACUCCGACCGCGCCGCUUGGUUCUCAGCCCGCCAUGUACAGCAGACUGCCCGAUCCAGAAUCUCAACCAGAAGACAGCUCAGCAGAAGGCCACGUAUCUGGCGAAGGUGCGCAAGGCCCGACGGAUCCAGCGGAACUGCAAGAGCCUCUGGGAAGACUCGAAGAAGAUUCACGACUGCCACACCGAGCUCGAACAGCCAGCUUCCAGCCGAAGCUGGACCAGGUCGCCCUCGAUCAAGGCGAUGCGCGACCAGAUGCACGAGACGAUCAUCCAUGGCUGUGCGCAUGGACUUCGCGAAGCUCGUUCCGGCCUGCUGAUGAGGAAGGCAUGGCGCAUAUGCUCGACAGACCCGGAGUUCGGCGCUAAGCUCGGCAGGACGUGCUCCAACCGCCCUGGCAGGGGCGACAACCACACACACCGCCCCAUCGAGGACGGACAGGUGGUGGCCCAGACGGCCUUUUACCCACCAGCACUGUGUAAGGCCUGGGCAAAGCAUAUCCUGAAGACGAACACCAGCGCGAGGUACGGCAAGGAGAUCUUCACCAGCUUGGAACAGAUCCCAGAGGACGCUGAAGAGGAGAUGGAGGAGGUCCUCGACGAGGACCUCUUGCAGGAUAACCCCGAGGCCAUGGACGACGAGUCGGUCAUGAAGGGCCUGGGCAUCUCCGAGACACCGACCAAGAAGGAGGAGCUGGAGAUAGAGCAACGGCUGACGCGGCUCCACCGCAACCUCGGCCACCCGAGCAACAAGACGCUGUACAAGAUCCUCAAGGCAUCGGGAGCACCUCUCCAGGUCCUACGAGCAGCUCUUCGCCUCCAGUGUCACGCAUGCCAUGCGGGACAACUACCAAAAGCCGUCAGGGUCGCCUCGGGCAUCGAGUUGCCAGGCGUCCUAGAGGUGCUGGCCUCCGACGGGCUCGAGUGGCUCUCGCCGAAGCAGGACUCCUUCCUGAUGACGUUGAACAUCGACGAGGGAUCCGGGCUCACCAGUGUCACCUAUCAUGGACAGAAGGGAGAGCGCAAUGGCAACAGAUCGACUCAGGAGGUGAUUUCAACAUGGAAUGACUGGCGCGGACAUUACCGCCGCCCCAGCCUUCUCCGUCUGGACCCCGAAGGUUGUCAUCGUUCACAAGCAGUGGCCAGGUGGUGUUCGGACCGCGGCAUCGAGCUGUGGAUUGCCCCGGGCGAGGCCCACUGGCUGAUGGGCAAGGUCGAGAGGCGCAUCCAGCUUUUCAAGCGACUGAUGACGAAGCUGGCAACGCUGGACCCCGACUGCCCGGUCGAGGAGUUGGUGUCCUGGGCCGUGAGAGCGAUCAACAGCAUGGACAAGGUCGGCAACCACUCCCCGUUCGAGCACGUGAUGGGCGUCUCUGGGAUGCCGGCCUCGAGCAACCCGUUCGCCAUCAUUGACGGGGGCACCGGGGAGACUCAGGAGCAGAGGCGCCUCCUCGCGCGCAAAAGCUUCCUGGAAGUAGAGUAUGCUGCGCGUCGACACGCCGAACAGGCCCGCAACCGGGUCUAUCAGACCUGGAAUCUGGGGGACCUCGUCUACUUCUGGCGCAAAGGGAAAGGCCUUGACCCUCGCCCUGGGAAGAAGGGCGGAUGGUACGGCCCUGCUCGUGUCCUUGCUCAGGAAAAACGACACGUGGACGGGCGCACCCGUCCUGCCUCGGUCAUCUGGAUCUCCCACGGGAGCGUGCUCAUCAGGUGCGCCCCGGAGCAGCUGCGCGUCGCCUCGGAGGCAGAGAAGAUGAUCGUCGAAUUGCAGCGGCAGAGCAACCUUGGCAAGACCAUGACGGAGAUCUUGGAGACAGCCAAGGGCGGUACCUAUGAAGACCUUCUCGGACAAAAUCCUCCAGACCUCCGAGAAUACGAGCCUCCACCGCAGCCGACGAUGGCGAUCCCCGCGACCGAGGGCCAGACUCUCGAGAACAACAGCGAGGCGGGACUCCCCUCAGGCGAGUCGAGACCUCGAUGGCGCAUGACACACCGCGGACCAGAGCUCGAUCUGCACGUACCGCCGGAGAAGCGACAGAAAGGCGCAGACGAGGAGAUGGCCGACGCGCUGUUCGACAGCAACCACCUGGUCGACCUCUUCAAGGACAAGCUGGACAUCACCCUCGGCAUCGACGAACAGCAGACCGUCUACUUCGAGUACUUGCAGGACGAGAAUACCACUCCAGACGGACGCCGAGGUUUGAUGAGCCACAUCCUGGACAGCUUCGUCGUCAACCAGCGCCGGAAGGACAAGGUGGAGCUGACCUGGUCCAAGAUGAACGCCACCGAGCGUGAGGAGUUCGAGGCAGCCAUCGCCAAGGAGACGAACAACUGGGUCCAGCAUCAGGGACUUCGCGCUGUCCCGAUAUCUCGGGUCAAGGACGCGGCGGACGUCAUCCGGGCAAGGUGGCUCUUCACCCGCAAGUCCGAUGGGAAGGCGAAGGCCCGGCUCGUCCUCCUCGGCUACCAGACGAAGGACCUAGGACAGGAGCCGACAGCCAGCCCCACCGCGUCUCGGCGCGCCCGUCACGUGAUGCUAACAGUGGCCGCCGCGAACCGCUGGAAGCUCAUCAAGGGCGACGUCACCUCCGCCUUUCUGCAGGCCCACGACCUCGACAAGGACCUCUUCAUCGAGCCAGACGCCGUCCUCAGAAAGGCCUUCCACGCGCAGGAAGGGGGAAUCCUCCAGGUCGUGAAACCUGGAUAUGGGAUCGGCGAGGCGCCCCGGCACUGGUGGGAGACGGCCAAGCACGACUUUGCGAAACUUCGACUCCAAGCCUGCGAGUUGGAGCCCUGCCCCUGGAAAGCACGAUGUUCCAGGACGGGUAUGCUCAUCGGUAUGAUCAUGGCCCACGUCGACGACUUCAUCAUGGCAGGAGAUACCUCCCACCCUGAGUGGCAGGACAUGGUCAAGCAGAUCCGAGGGCUCUACAAGUGGGGCACCUGGGAGGACAUGAAUGACGGGCUCACCUCUCUCGAACAGUGCGGCGUCACCAUCGAGGAGAGCGAGCAGGGCUUCUUCCUCCACCAGAAGUCGUACAUCGACAAGAUCAAGGAGGUCAAGGCGGCCAGCGGCAGUAAGCAUCGGACCACCGACAGCCUCAAGGACUCUGACAAGGCGGUGCUCAGGGCAUUCUGCGGCGAGAUCUACUGGCUUGGCGUGAAUACCAUGCCAUUUCUCUUAUCGUGGGUAGCCGACCUCCAGAUGAAGAUACCAGCAGGUACUCACAACCUCUUCACGGCCGCUAACAACAUCGUCAAGCUCGUCAAGCAGAGCCGCCACAUGGGGAUCAGGAUCUACCGGCACGCCCUGGACGACCUCGCCAUCUUCACCUGGUGCGACGCAGCCUGGGCCAGCCGCCCGGAUGGACACUCCCAGGGUGGUCAUAUCACCGCUAUCUCCUCCAAGGCGGCCAUGGGCGGGAAGCUCUCCGAGUUCACGGUCCUCGACUGGGGCUCCAAGAAGCUGCGCCGCGUGGCUCGGUCAAGCCUGGCGGCGGAGGUGCAGGAAGCCGGCGACGCCGAAGGCGAACAGAGCAUGAAGCAGCAGUGGCGCCUCAUCUACGACGAGCAGUUCAUGAGCGCUCGCAAGCGGGCAGCUCUUGGCAAGGGCAUCUUCGACGAGACGGACCCGACCGACCCGGCCUCAGCUCGUCAGGUACUCGAGGAGCGUAGGAGUAAGCUUGAGCAGCAGCAGUCUCCUGCCCGUCUGCCCUGUCCGUUCCACCGCCACCCUCGGCUCAAGGCGAGGGAGGGCGGGGCUCUUUCUGACAGAGCCUGGCUGUGCCGGGCAGACCGCGCAGCCGACAGCGCGGCCGUUCAUAUCGUGGACAAAAGGUGUUCACUGACAAUUAUCACGAUAAUUGACAUCUACACACACUUUCUCUUGCUCUUCCUCAUCGUCACCAGCGUGAGCGAUCUUGAGGACGAGCUCUAG